CUUUUUUUUUUGGUACAAAUUAUGAAACUAUUACUACUACUUCUACCAAUAUCUGCAAACAAUUAACUUUAGUUUCUUACAAGACCAAGCCAAUGUUUCAAAAGACCAAACUUCGCCAUAAUUUCCAACAUAAUAAAAGUUCAGUUUUUGGCUUUGUGUUUCUGUUACCCACUUCACUUUUUGCUGUUUUCAUUCUUCUUCUUUUAGCUUGCAAUGGCUUAUCUGUCUUCAAUGUUAAUCUUCCUGUUCCCGCCAAAUCUUCACCAGAGACCGCCAAUUUGUUGCCUGAGAAUCUUCCCGGGAACAAAACGGUGACAAAGUUGGUAUCUUCAGUGAUGUAUGCAGUGAAAGAAGAGAAUCCACCUGUUAUUUUAAAAUCCCAUUUGCCUCUACCGCAAAAACCGAACUUUUCGAUGAUUCCUGUUGACAAGCCUUUAAUUUUUAGGCCAAAACAGACUCGUUUUAGCCGUCAAAUAUGGAGGACACUGCGUUCAGGGACAAAAGCAAAGGGGUUUUCCUCUAAAGUUAAGGAUUUUUUCCAGAAUUCCAAGUGUAAGUCUCGGUUUUUCAUGACUUGGAUUUCUUCAAUAGAGUCAUUAGGUGAUAGAGAAUUGCUUUCUAUUGAGAGUGUGUUUAAGUCACACCCAAAAGCUUGUUUAGUUAUUGUGUCAAAUUCAUUGGAUUCUAAAAGGGGAAGCGUUGUUUUGAAGCCGUUUUUGGAUAAGGGGUUUAAGUUGAUUGCAGUUGAUCCUGAUUUUGAUUAUAUAUUCAAGAAUACUUAUGCAGAAGUGUGGUUUAAUCGGUUAAAGAAAGGAAAUGUUGAUCCUGGGGAGGUUUCUUUGGGUCAAAGUCUUUCUAAUUUGCUUAGACUUGCUUUGUUAUAUAAGUAUGGUGGUAUUUAUAUAGAUACAGAUAUUAUAGUUUUAAAGAGUUUCAAUAAUUUAAGAAAUGUGAUUGGUGCUCAAUCCAUCAAUCUUGAAACCAAGAAUUGGAGCAGAUUGAACAAUGCUGUGCUGAUUUUUGAUAAGCAACAUCCAUUGCUGUACAAGUUCAUUCAAGAAUUUGGACUCACUUUUGAUGGAAAUAAGUGGGGUCACAAUGGUCCUUACUUGGUUUCAAGGGUUGUUGCAAGAGUUACUGGUAGGCCUGGAUUUAACUUCACUGUGUUGCCCCCAUCAGCAUUUUAUCCGGUUGAUUGGACCAGGAUUCGAAGCCUAUUUCAGGGGCCUAAAAAUGAGAUCCAUUCAAAAUGGUUGCGUGAUAAGCUUGAGCAGAUCCGCAGGCAAAGCUAUGCGGUUCACCUUUGGAACAGACAGAGUAGGAAAGUUAGAUUUCAAGAAGGGAGCAUUAUUCAUCGUAUUAUAUCAGAUUGUUACAUCUUCUGCAAUUCUCCGAAAUCAAGUUUGUAUGUAUAG